GUCAACAUUCUUUUUACAGGAACUCUUUAAAAAUACUCGAAAUUCUAGGUGUCCAAAAAUGGAGAUAACCAUUGAUAAAACAGUCCAUGCAGACGAAUUGCCAAUGGAACCGCAACUGAAGGAGCUGAGUCUUCGAGACUUCAAGAAGAUCGGACGGAUGCCAAAGAUCUUCAAGGACUGUUGCUUGCCCAAGCAAAAAAGCAUCGUGAAUGUAAUGAAGGACUUUUGGCAGCAGAAUAAGCAUCACGAUUUCCUGGUGCGGAUCGGGAACCACAGCUUUUCCUGCGACCGCCUGGUCUUAAUGGUCUACAUAGAUCAGAUGAGGCAUAGUAAGGACCAGACUGAGUUGCGAAUGCCAGCGAAAUUUGUGAGGCCGGAAGUCUUUGAGCUACUAAAUCGCUGGAUGGUUGACCAGGAACCGUUCAUAAAGCGUCCAGGAAUUGGUAAUCUGCUGCUGGCUGCGGAUUACCUAAACAUCGAGCAAUUGUCGUCCCAGAUCUGGGCAUGCUUGGACCAGAACUCCGGUUUCGGCGAGCAUCAGGCCAUUCAGUUGGCCAUGGACACACUGCCCCUUAGGGAUCUGAGUGUAUUGCAUUACAUGAUGCUGCAGCGGAUUCAGUACUACUUCCUAAUCUUUGUAUCCUCGGCUGAGUUCCUUGCUUUGCCCAGCGAGAGUGUGAGUGCCCUGUUCACCUCGAAUGACAUCAGGGUGAACAGUGAGGCGGAGGUUUUCUAUGCCGCCAUCCGCUGGCUGAACUUUGAGUGGCCCACCCGCAAGAAUUGCGCGUUCGACGUAAUGGAGAAGGUGCGACUCUUCAGGCUGCCGGCCAAACUGCUCCUGCUGCUGGAGUCGUCGAUGGAGGACACACGUGUAGACCGCAUCAUCCAGUUGCCGGUGGUAAAAGCGCUCAUAGAGAAGGGCAGCUUCGACCAAAUAGCGUUGGACUUGGACGACGGAACGAGUUGGUACCACGAGAUUUAUGAGAUCUUUGACGUGACACUGCUGCCACCACGUCGAUUCAUCUGUCACGAUUUGGCAGCGUACCACCAACCGAAGCCAGAGUCACCUGACCAGGUGUUCGCGUACAAGGACUUCCUCCGCUACCUGGGCCUCCUGCAGACUCGGCCUUUGGACACCUUGCAGCUCCUCGAAAAGCGCCACUGACGGUGCAAAUGGCAUCGAUUCCUCGACGGAUACAUGGUCCCUCCUCCUCCUGCCCGACGACCUUGA